AUGUCUCGGAGGCUCUCGCAUUCGCUCUCAUCUAUCCUAGCCGGAUCCUCCUCGGUCGGCCUCGAUCGGCUGGGCCCACUGACCGGCGUGGACCUUGCACACAUCCGACUGGCCCUGUCGUCGUCCUCCGCGAACCAAAGGCUUGAAACAUCGCCGCUGAUCGAGCCACUGGGCCGGGUUAAACGACAUGCCGCCGUCCUGCUCGGGUUGUCUAAUAUUCACAAUCAUGAUCCUGGCUUGAUCUUGACGAUGCGUUCUCAGAAGAUGCGAACUCAUCCGGGUGAAAUUAGUUUCCCCGGUGGUCAUCAAGAUCCGGAAAUCGAUCAGUCUCUUCUUGGGACUGCCCUAAGAGAGGCUCAUGAAGAAGUCGGCUUAACUCCCCAGCAGAUCGAGUACUUGGGCUCGCUGGAACCUUUGCUCAGUAACUCUGGUUCCACCCUCGUUUGGCCUUUUGUGGUGUUUAUUCACUCACUUGAACCUCAACCAGCCUUACGAACGCCUACAUUGAUGAUUCCCCGACUGAUGUCACGACUGGCUACUGCGCCGCUCCGCUCGCCUGGGCUAGAAGAUCUUCAAGGAAAACAACAAGUGGCCGAGGUGGAGCUGGUCUUCCAAAUCAGUCUUGCGGCGUUGUUGGAGCCACACAGACAGAGCCCAUCCUGCUUUCGCAACGACCCACAGAGGCCCUAUUUGGAAUGGAACGUCAAACCGGAAAUCGAGAUCGCAAGGAACAAUCUUGCUGGCAAGCCUCUCCCUGAACGUCCAACCAAUAUUAGUCUCACGCACCACAAGCUUUGGGGUCUUACAGGCUGGCUCAUCCACACAUUUCUUCAAACGAUCCGGCUCCUGUGACUCCUCUCUCCCAGAAAUU